UCACUUGGGGACUCUCAGAGUCACGGGCUUUUUGCGACCGGUUGUUCGUCUUACCCGUUCCGACUCUUCCCUAAACAAUUACCCCAGUCGGCUGAGGGAGAUCACAAUUUCUUCAUCGUCGUUCGUUACAACGCCAAUUCCUGCCCCCCCGCAAUGGCUUCUCGAUCCCCAAUGGCGGCUACUCCACUGCCAAAAUUAUCGUCUGCGCCCCAGACUCCCGUGCUGAGGGAUACGACCGCCGCAGCAUCAACCGAACCAACAGUGCCACAGCCAGUUCCAUUCCCUCCUCCACAAACAUUUGACAUUAUCCCACCAUUGCACGGCCUUCUUCUCCGGCUACUCUCUCCACAAGCGAACCCUGAAGGUGUAUCGAAUGGCGCAAGAGCCACCGAAGAUCCCGCUGUAGCUACAGCUCCCACAUCAACUGGCGCCGCCCAGUCGCAAUCUCAGCCGCAACAACAGCACUCGACCGCUGGGAACCAACAUAAUGACAGUCAUGGCAUAUUGCCGACUGUUUCCGCCGCUCCGGGUAGUGCCUCCGCUGCGGCCGAGAUAGCUGCGUUGAGUUCAAACGCGCCUCCACCGCUAGACAUCAAAGACCUUCCUACAGAGGCCAGUUCAAUCAAGAUCCGUAUACAGAAAGCACAAGCCGUGGUGGAAAGCCUACCCGAUGUGAACCGUUCUGUUGCGGAACAGGAAAAGGAGAUCAAUGACCUCGAGGGGAGGAUUUCGAGACUGAAGUCGAUCAUCUCAGAAUUUGGAAGAAGAGCUGACUUGACAAAGAUCGAGAAGACCAAGAUGGAGGCAGCCUGAAGAGGGGCUUGGCCACGAUAGGGAUGUCUGUCAUACGGCGGCUAUUCCUUGACACCAAUGGAUUUGGAAAAAGUGGAUUUUCCCAUCAAAUUGCAGACAAUGAGAGAGUGUGUUGAGUUUAUGAUGAAAACCUACAACUUGUGGCUUCCGAUGACGACUUGCUAGUACCAUCGCGGAAUGUGGACAAACACACAUUAUUGACCUGCUAAUAUCUGGCUAAGCAAUGGACGAUAAAACAUACUCGAUACCUUGGAGACCCCUAAUGGAUGCA